UCCGAAGUUGCUCCAGCGGGGGCGCAAUGCCCCCGGUCGCGCUGCGCCCCCUGAGGGAAUAGACUUGCUGUGGAGACUGAUAAGGACCUUAACGAACUCGAGGUCUAGGAAGUCAAUGAUAUCCUCGACUGCAGCAAGGGAAGCACUGCAGCGGGCCGUGCGUAGAGCACGCCUAGUAGGAGGACGAGGAGGAGAAGGAUCGCAAGAGACGCUAGACGAAGAAGGGGAGGGUGCACCGGUGUCGCUAGGAUCGACCAACGAUGAGGUCAAGCCCGAGUCCUCAGAAAGAGUAGCAAGCGGCGCGAAGGUAGACUCGCGAGAGGGUAUGCCUGCUAGUGUAGGAGGAUCAGGGGGAUGGGAGAUCGCCGCUAGGUGGCUGCGGAGCUGGAGGUCGAAAUGGGGGGGUCAGGCUGAGGGCGGGACUGUUGAGCAAAGUGACGCUGGAUGGCGUCAGCGUAGGGGCAGGUGGACGGAGUGUGACUGGGUAGGCGGCAACGGGUACAUAUACCUCGUGUUCAAUGAACUUCUGCCGGCAGAGUCAGCUGUGAGCCGCCAAGGUCGACGCACUCCGUCGUGGAAGAGCCACAGCAGCUGGAGCAGCGCCGUCUUGGGGAUCACCGAGGGGAAAGGCGCCAACUUGGAUGACGAGGGAAAGGCGCCAGCUCGGGUGACGACAGUAUCUGGGGGUGGGGGGGGAGGUAAAGAAGUUGGGGGUGGUGACGUAGGUGCCGUGGAAACUAAAAUUGAGGAGGUGGCGGGACACGAUGCCAUGGGUCAUGAGGAGGAAAUUGUGGAGGUGGACACUUGGGAGGAAGGGAUGGCUGCAAAAGAAGGGGACGGCGAUGAUGAUGAUGAUGAUGAUGAUGAUGAUGAAGCUCACAUGAUGAAUUCUGCUCCACCUUAAUGGGAUGAGGCGACAUCGAAGGAUCAAAAAGCAAUGUCGCUGUAAAAGUUUGGCGGCCGCAAGCCAGUUAUCCCUGCCGUAACUUUUUGGAUACCUCUGGCUUCAAGUCCGGAAACGCUAAAGGGUUGAUAAGCCAAACUCUCACAGUUUGCAUGCGUACUGGAAAUCAAAAUCAAAUGAGCUCUUGUCCUUUUGCUCCAAACGAGAUUUCUGUUCUCAUUGAACUCAUCUUAGGAGGCUUGCGUUAUCUUCGAACAAAUGUGCCGCUCCAGC